UUUAUGAACGAAUUUCUAUUUACAUGCCAAACUUGUAAUUCUCGUUGUUAUUCAAAUUUCUGUGCUAAAUUUGCCUAUAAUUAGGCCAAAUUACGUGGCUUGAGUAAUAGCGUCAUCUCGUUAACGUCAGUUCCAUAUUAAUUUAAAUUAAUCAGUUUAGAACAUUGAGAUCGAAGAUCAGAUGGAAAAUGAGUGAUGGCUGACAAAACUGUGAAACCAAAUUUAUAUCUGCCUCCGAGUAUCAGCCCCGUUAUGGUUGCCAAACUCGUCAUUCAGAUUUUAGAAUGUAAGAGAUCAUCCUGUAAAUGUAAAACCAGCAAAGAAAUAUUGAAUUUUGCAAUGAAAAUACUUCUGAGCGAAGACGACUCUUCUCUUUAUUCAGACUAUAAGUUUCGAACGAUCACCAAAUUUUUUUCAUGCGCAGGUACGAAGAACGUUGCCACACAAACAAGACGUUGGAAACGUAAUUCUUGUACCAUUCAGACUGACUUAGAAACUGUGAUACCAAAGAAAUCUAUUUCUGUAUAUACCGAAAAGACUGGAUUCAAGCUCCUUCAGAGCAAAAUCAAACAGCGAAUUUCGAAUGGUUCUACUAAAUCAGUUUCCACGCAAGCUAAUUCAUUAGAAUUUGUAAAUUGCUUUUAUAACAGAAGCAACAGCAAUAGUAAAGUUGUGGCAGCAACGAAUAAAUUGCGCAGAGUCACAAUUACAGAAGGAAUGCCAUUACAAGGAAACUCUGCAGAAGUUCAAAAGAUUCAACAUCUCGACGAAUGUUUUUUCAACUGGGCACCUAGACAAGCUUGUCCGGGUGAUCCGAGUAUUAAACUUCGGUGUGAAAACGUGAAUUUAGAUUAUCGAAAUCCGAAAAGGGACAUCUCUCACAAUAAUGCAGAAUUACCCCUUAUUAAGAAACAGAAAAUGGACUAUGAUCCAACGGAGAACGAACUAUUUUCGAGUAGAAAAGCCGAAGAAAUUCGAACGCUUCAGAGCGCCACUCCAGAAUUCUCGCCUGCAAGUACCGAAAGAUUGUACGAUUCUAUAAAACUCCAAGAAAAUAAUAUCAAUAGAAAAUUGGAGAAACACUCGUGUUUUUAUGAGACUGUUUCAGAAGCUACUUCACGCGAGGUAAAUAAAAUAAAAGAAAAACUUGGCAUUAAAUAUCGAAUAUGUUCAGAAAGUUUUCAGCACAGUUAUUUACGCUUAAAUAACGAAAAGACGAAUCAUGUACUAAGCAACAAAGUUUUUGAUUUGACAGAGCGCCAGCAUCUGAGGCUUUCUCCUGAACGUCUUAAUAGUCCAUCGGUCUUUACAAUAAGUUCUAUAUCUCUCAAUCAACAAUCAGAAAAUUUAAAUAAAAUUGAGGACUUUGAUUCUAAAUGUUCAAAUUUUCACAAAAACGAAAGUUUCUUCAAUGACACAAAGUCCUCUUUAAAAAAAGCUAAUUUUAUAAAUGUCGAGAAUGGUGAAAAGACCCAGUCCAUGCUGCCAUACAAAAUGGAAUAUUGCAUUAAUUCGUGCAAAUUAGAUAAAAACACAGCAAAAGUCCAGAAAGAAGUUACCAAAGAUUCUAGUUCUGAUGAUUAUUUACAUAAUUUACAACAUGGCGUCUAUUUAAAUGAAAGGCAAGAAUAUGAGCAAACUUUACAAAAUGAAUGCAGUCCGAAAGAUGUAAGCAAAGUUUCGUAUCAGAAACUCAACACUCUUAAUUGCAAAAGAGAUUCUCAAAAUUUUGGAAUAUCAGAACGCAACAUUAUGGAUAAAGAAAGCAUCGAAGUGUAUUCACCAACUGACGAACUGAGUAUGUGUAGCGACAUGGAAGUGUCGUAUACUCCACCGGUCCAUCCUUUAUUGAACUUAGAUUCUGAUAAAAAUGCUGCCGCUGAUGCCGAAAAGGCUACUACGGUCUCGAGUAAAGAAUUACACAAUUUUGAUAAAAUUUCUGAGUGCACCACUCAAGAUAUCAUCGAAUCUGUAAAUGCGAAACCGGAUCAACAGAAAGAAGGAUCCGAAAUGAUUCAGAAUUACGCGUUUAUGAACAACUGGAUGAAGACAGUAGCGAGAUAUCUACAGUGCACUACCAGACAUUUUACCCGCCUUACUCAAGCAUUUACUUAUCGGAAUGAAUAUGGUAUCCUUGAUGGAAUGGAAAUGCAGCGGGAUGGCAUUGACGAAGAUACGUAAACUUUAUAAUGAGGCUCAUAUUUCAUAUUUGUGGCACGCGGUGACAUUUGUACAAAUCAUUUGAUUUUGCUCAAUCAUUUCUUGUGAUAUAGCUUAGAUAUCAUCGAGGUCAUAAGAAUUGUUAAAAGGUAUCAACAAAUUCUUCUGUACGAAAAAAUAUUUAAAGGGGGUGUAGAGAAACUUUUUAUAUUUUGCUAUAUGAAGGAGUUAGAAUUUUAUCAGACAAGAACAUCACUCUUAGUUUCUUCAUUAAAAAUGUUUUUAAAACAGA